CGGUUAAACGCUCACAAAAAUCAUGAUGAUCGUGCAAAAUCUUCCCUUUCCAAAACCAAGCUCAUAAAACCAAAACACAAACACAAAACCAAAACCAAACACAAAGCAAAGCAAACCAAAACAACUAACCCAAGCAUAAACACAAACACAAACAACCAUGCCCAUGAACAACAACAAAAUCACCAAAAGAGCCAACAAAAUGGAAGGAAUGAUCCAAGCUUCUGUCAAACUACUGGAAAAGUGGGAAUUUCAAGAGAGGCUCUCCCCCAAGGUGGUCCAACACGCCCAUGGGAUUGCCAUUCUCGAAAUCAUUCAAGCUGGCUUUCUUUUUAAUGGUCAAAUAGGCACCGGUGUUCUUCUCCGACACGACAAGACCACCAAUACGUGGGGCCAUCCUUUGGCCAUUGGCCUGACGGGAGCCGGCGCCGGCAUUUCCUUGGGAGCCGAAAAGAAACACAUUGCAAUCUUUCUCACCAGGGAACAAAUGACACAGGCCAUGGCAAGUGACUUUUCUCUUCGACUGGGACUCCAAACCUCCUUGGUAGUCAUGGAUGCGGGGGAAGAAAUGGACCUGACGGCUCAUGUUGGCAACAAGGGGUCUGGCGUGUCAUCCGCCUAUGCGUCCACACUUGGGUUCUACCUGGGCGUGGAAGCGAAUGGUUCCGUGUUGGCUCCCCGAAAGGCUGUCAAUGAAGCAUUUUAUGGUGCCAAGCUGACACCGAAAAAGAUUGUGUUCGGACAAGUGGAGGAUGCACCUGCGUGCGAAGCUUUGGAUCAAUUGCGAACCAAGUUGUUGGAGCUAUCCGAAGCCCCUGCAGCGGGACCUUCCUAUGCGGAAACGAUUGCUCAUCCAUUCCUCAAGACGACGAAACAUACCAACAAAACAAUGGGCAACAGCCAAUCAUCGGUAAAAAAGGAGGAGGAGGAAGAUCCAAUAGGCAAGGACGACAAUAAGAAGACUGGCUCUGAGGACGAUUCUGGCACGAAGCAAUUCAAGGAACACUGGAUGUACCAACACCCGUACGUGAGCAAACCAAAGUGCAGCAGCAAAUUCCAAUUGUCCCGGUCUCCCCUUGUCGACGGCCAGCAAUUAAAACGAGAGGAUCCCGAGCAUUUGGCAACGGGUAGCACACGUGUCGACCACGACGACGAAACAAUGCGGACCGAAUGGAUGUACAGCCACCCUUACGUGACAACAACAACAACAAGCGCCAACACACAAACGUGCCAUGUAAAAGAUGACGACACUGUUGAGACGGCCGUGGCAGAAUAAAACGGGCCUUCGUCAAAAUAAUACAUAGAUGUAAAUGAAUGAUUGUAAUUAAUGAAAUUGUUGCGUGUG